AUGGAGUUGAUCCAGCCAUAUGCAAACAACCAUCACAACCCUAGCGGCCCAGGAGAUGGCCGUCCAACAGCUCUCCACAUUGUGGAAGACCAACAGCUCGUCGGCAAAUGGGCUGGUAGAGUGGCAUUGGUGACUGGCUGCUCACCUGGUAGUAUCGGAGCUGAAAUUGCUAGAGCAAUUCAUGCCACAGGAGCCGACGUGUACAUCACUACACGAGAUACAACAAGAGUGUUUGCCACUGCUCAGAGUAUCCUUGCGGAUGGGAAUCCUGGAAAGGUGGAAGUUAUUCAGCUUGAUCUGACCUCUCUCGAAAGUGUUCGAAACGCAGCUCAGACAUUCCUGGGGAAGUCCCAAUCUUUACAUCUCCUUGUUAACAACGCGGACAUUCUUUGGUGCCCUAAGCAGAUAACAGGAGAGGGCGUGGAUACUCAUUUUGCCGCCAACUACCUGGGCCACUUCUUGCUCUUUCAACUUUUGAAAGCAUCACUAUUGGCCUCGACAAGAGACUUUGACGUGCGCGUCGUUAAUGUGGCCUCGGUUGCCUAUCGUCUGGGAACUUAUGAUCUGGACGAUCUCGCUUUCAAGAAUCGACCAUACGAAACUUCCACUGCCUACGCGGCAUCGAAACUUGCCACUGUACAUUUCGCCAACGAGAUCGAAAGACGAUACGGCGCCCAGAGCCUGCACGCAUUCAGUGUGGACCCAGGAAUUACGGCCACCCCAUUAACGAAGGAUACCCCUGAGAUUGUCUCGAUGAUGGAGAAAUACGGUGCUGGCAAUCUGCGAAAGUCCCCAGAGCAGGGUGCUGCUACUCCAAUGUGGGCUGCGGUGGCACACGAGUUGAAGGGAAAGGGAGGGCAGUAUUUAGAACAUUGUGGUGAGACUGAGCUGUGCACGGGUGGUGGUUUUCUUGCCACUGGAUAUGGGGAGAAUGCUUACGACCAGGACAGAGAGCAGGAGCUGUGGAUCAAAAGUUUGAAGCUUGUAGGCAUAGAUGAAGAUAAGUAA